AUGGAAUCGUAUAAAUUUCAUUUCCUCUCGUCAUUUUCUUUUCAAUUUAGGCUUAAUGAAAAUUUCAUUUUAUUCUAUUAUAAAAGCACCAAGGCCCAUUCCGGAUACCUUCACAAUAAAACCCGGAAUUUGAAUUUGUUGUUUCCGCCGCCGUUAUACCGCCGCUCGCAGCUACCGUUGUCGUCCUCUCAUCUUUUUCAUUGCUCUGCCAUUCUCUUCGAUGCCACAGGUUUGAAACUUCGAUUUCUGAUCCCUGCUUUAUAUUUACGGAUGGUUGAAUUUUCAAUGAGUAAUGCUAGAUAUAAUUAUGUGCAUGAUCAGAAAUAUCCCUCUCAAGAUGUUGACAUACACCAUAUAGUUCUCAGGAGGAAUGGUGCAAAAUAUCCUUUUGUCUAUGCCUCAGCACUUCUUGUAUUAGCAUGUGCCAUCCAUCUGUAUGUUUUCGAGGAAAAAUCGAUUAGUCUUGUGUAUUACAGCUUGCUUUUUGACAUACUUCUUGUCAAGUUGUUACUUCGGAAGCCUGUUAAUAAAGAGUCUGUUGUGAUUAUGCCAGCUUUUGGUGUACAGCUUGAGACUCACUAUAUGAGUGGAAAAGUCAUCCGAUGCUUUGUUCCCAUUGACAAGAUUCUAAAACCUGUUUUAUUAGAAUGUGUGACUCCAGUGACUUGCUACUGGACUCUUUCCUUGAUUGUUCGCGAGGAAUCAGAAAUGGUGUUAGUUUUCAAGAAAUUGCGACCGCCUGUUAAAAUGCUGGUCCAUGUCUGGAAGGCUUUGUGUGCUGCAACAGAUGAUAAAGAAGAGACUUGUAUGCAUACAGUGUGA